AUCGAGUCCGAAAACCUGGAAACCCGUGUCCACACGGAUGUGACCGCGGCGGUGUCGUCUGGCGCUCUCCUCUGUUGUUCAUCGCUCGUCUCGCCCGGGCGGCUGGUGUACUAUGCCGUACAACCAGCUCCUCACCUAGGCAGGUUGCUGGUGUUGUCUGGAUCUUACCACAGGUACUGCAAGUGUAGGGUGAGAAGCCUGAGAGGAGAGAGGAAUGAAAGCCUGAGAGGAGAGAGGAAUGAAAGAACCAACUGCACCCACCUCGCAAGUAUGCAAGCCGGACUUCGAUUCGUCCGUUUGAUCCGACUCUCCGGCUUGUACGAUUGUCCGAUCCCGUCGACAAUCCCAAUCGCUACGUAGCCGGUCUCUUUCUCAUCCCAUUGAGAUUUCCAGUCUUGUCCGGGGGUUAUGUAGCUUUCUGCGACAGCUGGGGUUGGGAGCGAGAGGACGACCAUAGUAGGAAGGAUCCAGGAGAUCAGCCACACACACACACACACACACACACACAGAGAUAGAGAUAGAUAUAGAUAGAUAGAUAGAUAGAGAUAGAUAGAUAGGGAGAGAGAGAGAGAGAGAGAGAGAGAGAGAGAGAGAGAGAGAGAGAGAGAGAGAAAAAUCGGUUGAAAGACCGUGCAGAGAAGGCACCAGGGAACACGUGGGUGCGCUGACGUGCUAGAAAGAUUGUUAGGGUUCUUGGUGAGGGGUUAGGGGGUGGGUGGGUUUUUGGGAGGGCGGAGGAGUUGGGAGGGGGGUGAAGGAGAAGGAUGUGUUGACGAGACGUCUUAGACAUCGGAAUCGCAGUCGCACAUCUGCAUCGGCAGCGGAGCUGGGAUAUAGGGAUAGGGACCCCCGCUGUCGUCCAAAAUGAUGCACAUGGGCGUUCCCCCUAAUCAGACAAUCUACGUAAAUAAUCUCAAUGAGAAGACGAAGAAAGAAGAGCUGAAGAAAGCGUUGUAUGCCGUCUUCUCGCAGUUUGGGAAAAUCUUGGAUAUUGUCUGCAUGAAGACUCUCAAGCUGAGGGGUCAAGCAUGGAUCGUCUUUGAAGAUGUGACUGCAUCUACCAAUGCACUUCGCCAAAUGCAGGGUUUUCCAUUCUAUGAUAAACCUAUGAGGAUAAGUUAUGCCAAGACAAAGUCACAUGCUGUGGAAAAGAUAGAAGGGACGUAUCAGCCAAAAGAGAAGAAAAGGAAGGCAGACGAAGGAAGAAGAGGAGGGAAUGACGACGAUGACGAAGAGGGUGCCAUGGCGAUGGACAAGGAGGAGGAGGAGGAGGAGGAGGAGGAGGAGAAGGAGGACGAUGACGACGUGGAGGACAACGAGGUAGAAGAAGAAGAGGAGGUGAAGGAGGCGGAGGAGGAAGACGAGGAAGAAGAGGAGGACGAGGAGGAGGAGGAUGGGGAAGAGGAAGAAGAAGAGGAGGAGGAGGAGGAGGACAACGAGAAAGGACCGGGACGACGAGGAGGAGGAGGAAGAAGAGGAGGAGGAGGAGGAGGAGAAGGAAGAUGGGGAAGAGGAAGAAGAGGAGGAGGAAGAAGAGGAGGAGGAGGAGGAGAAGGAAGAUGGGGAAGAGGAACAAGAGGAGGAGGAGGAGGAGGAGGAAGAAGAGGAGGAAGAAGAGGAGGAAGAAGAAGCGUAGGAGAUGGAGGACGAGGAGGAGGAGGAGGAAGAAGAGGAGGACAAGGAAGGGGAAGAGGAGGAAGAGGAGGAGAGAAAGGACUGGGACUACGAGGACGAGAGGAGGGGGAGGAUCCAGUGGAGGAGGAGGAGCAGGAGGAGGAGGACAAUGACAAGGACGCGGAGGAGGAAGAAAAGGAAGAGGAGGAGGAACAAAGGAGGAGGAGGAAGACAGGAGGAUUUGGAGGAGGACAAGAGGAGAACCAAAAGGUGGAAGAGGAGGAGGAGGAGGAGGUGGAGGACGAAGUAAAGGAAACUCACCUGGCGCGGGCGGGCGAUGGCAAGAGACGGCAAGACAGCCGUGGCACACUGGAAAGACCUGCUGCUGCUGCAGCUCCUGCAACUGCUGGUGCUCCUCCUCCAAAGACUUUUCCUGCAUACCCUGCCACACCGCCGAUGGUGGUUGCUCCACCUCCACCGUACGUCAUGCAGACAGCGCGACCUCCAGUGCAGGAGCCGCCAGCACCUCCCAACAGCAUUCUGUUUGUACAGAAUCUUCCUCACGAAGCAAGUGGGAUCAUGAUUACUCACCUUUUCAAGGAUUUCCCUGGGUUCAAGGAAGUGCGUAUGGUAGAAGCAAAACCAGGGAUUGCAUUUGUGGAGUUCGAGACAGACAUGCAGGCAGCUGUUGCCAAAUCUGGAUUGCAGAAUUUCAAAAUUACGCCCACAAAUCCCAUGCAGAUCACCUACGCGAAAAAGUGAGUGUGUGUGUGUGUGUGUGUGUGUGUGUGUGUGUGUGUGUGUGUGAGAGAGAGAGAGAGAGAGAGAGAGAGAGAGAGAGAGAGAGAGAGAGAGAGAGAGAGGUAUUCUGUUGUUGUUGGCUUGUGGUACAAUGGGAUGAGGGUAAAUCAGGACUCACUGGGCAAGUUUGAAGCAAUGGGCAGUAGAUGCCCUGAAGUUUUCCCUGUGCAGGCUUCAGUUUGUCAUCAGUGCACACGUUCAUUACUCUGUUUGAAGAGUAGCAGAGUAAGUAGCACCCGCAGAUUUGCUGUACUAUUUUGCAAGUACCAUGAUGAGCGUUCCCGUACAGGGUUUUUAAGCUUUUCGCUGUUCAUGUUUCUGAUGUGCUCUGAGUACAUGCCCAUGGUAGUGUGAGGUUGAAGUAAUAUAUAUCUAUCUCACCACCUUCAUGGUUGCAUUCCUUUCAAACCAGUCCCGACGUACCCGCAGGUCGUAUGUGAACGCACUCACACUUGCGUGCAGUGGUAAUAAUCUUGAUCUCAGUAGGAUCAAUAUCUUGGGCCUGCGGAAUAGGCCAUAUGACGGUGUACGUCUUUCAAUCAGGAGGUUUGUGGGAAUGGUGCCCCUGGUGCAUUUGUUAUGGUCUUCUGUCACACGAGCACGGAGUGGAAACAUGUGUAGGGCAUAGUGGGAAGAUGCGGAGGCAAGGGUGUUUUAAGCUUUCGACUGCUUCCUGUUCCUGAUGUGCCCUAUUUCUCUGAGGUCUUUUCAACCAUGAAGGUUUUCAGAUAGCACUACAAUGGGCAUGACCUCAGAGAAAGCUAUAUUUGACAGCCUUAAUGGUUGCAUUCCUUUUGAAGUAGUCCUACUGUGAGUAUUAUCCUGGAUGUAUUGAACACACGCUUGCAUUCACACUGAAAAUAGUGUCAAUGUGAUUAGGGUCCAGAUCUUGGCCCUGUGGCAUAGGCUGUAUGAAUGAAUGUGUACAUACAUCCUUCACUCAGCAACACUGCAGGGACGGUGCCCCUGUGCAUUUGCUACGGUCAGCCGUAUUUUUUUCAACACAGAACACAGAGUGGAAAUAUGUGUAGGACAUACAUAGCGCGGAAAUAUGGACGACUGGGUGGAAAGAUGUGGAGGGUACACCAGGGUAGAAAGAUGUGGAGAAAAGUGUGGCGUCGUAAGAUCAUCGUUGGAACAUAGCAAAGGUAGGUAGGUGCGGAGAAACAAAGGUGAGGAGAGAUCUGGAAAGCAGAAAGUGUCAAAGUGAAUGAUAUCAAUGAAUUUGAAUGAAAUGAUGGGAAUAGUGCCCUGUUUGCUUUCCGUGAUGUCCGGUGUAUUCCUGCAUUUGUUUGGAAUAAUUGAGUGAUGUGGCAAGAUUGCUGGCCUUUGGCCUGCGCUCUCUAUGCAUGUGCAUGCAUGCUCAUGCUUGUUCUGCGGAGUUGUUUAUAGCCAACAUGACAACAAACACACAGUGAGAGUGCGUGCACAUCAGCUAGAGAGAGAGAGAGAGAGAGAGAGAGAGAGAGAGAGAGAGAGAGAGCAGAGAGAGAGCAGAGAGAGCAGAGUGCUGUCAGACUGACCUCGUCAUGCGGUCUGUAUAUUCGUACCUGGACAGCAAAUGCUUGGCACUGUAGGCCAUUAGAAAGGAGUACUGUCUGUGCAGAGCAGUAGUGCUGUUUUUUUUUUUGGCAGUCAUAAAUUUCGCACAGUACCGUAGAAAUGAAGCACUACGAUUAUG